GACCGGAGGAAGAUGUGAUUGGGAUGAAUUGGAUUGCCGGGGGAUGGAAACCAAAGGGAAAGUUCGCAACUUUGGACUUCCCGUCGCUCGCACUCUAACAAUGACCUUGACUACCUUGACUACUGCCUUCGUCCGUGACUCUUACUUCCUUUCUUCUCUUUUACCGACACUCAAUCCCUCUGUUCUGUUCCUUUAUGUCCGGCCCCCUGUGUGACCAGACAGGAUUAUUCGGCGACCAAGUACCGAGUGUCCGUCAGUUCAUGUCAGUUCAUGACUAGGACUAGGCCCCCAGAGGCCUCUCGCUCCCAUCUACGUCUACUGCUCCGUCGGCCCCCAGUUGUCACUACUACUAUCAGGUGCUGUACCAGACCACCUAACUACCUAAGGUACUGUGUGCUGUCUAUCCGUCUCCUCCGAUUCUCGUCUCUCCUCGGUCUUCUUCUUCUUUUUUUUUUCUUCUCUCCCUCCAGCCUCUUCCCUGCCCUCUCCGAUCUAAUUGUACUGUACCUAUCGCCGACUCGACUGUGCUACCUCAGUCUGCUUCCCCCUCCUCUCCUGCCCUGGAAUUGUGAAUCGUAUUCAAUCCCACGAGGGGGUUCAGCUGGAUUACUACCAGUACCCAGGAGGGAUCUUGUUACGGCUGCAGAAGAGACCAAUCAGAAGCGGAAGAGAAAAAAAAGAACAUCGCUCCGGGCCAGACAACGGGCGGCGGAAAAACGACCAAACAAAAGAUUCCCUUCCCCUUCGACUGAAACUGGUCCUACGCAAUACUCCCCCUCUAAGAUCAUUUAUUUUAACCCAUUUCAUUUUUCGAAAAUCUUCCGUUCGAUCAAUUGAUUGCGGUACAAAACAGAUUUCAAUUGCUGAUCCUUCCUCUACCGACCUUGUGCGAGCGACAAUGGAUGAGCUGCUGUGUCCGCCUCCCUCACUUACCUAGCCGUUGAAA